CAAAAUUCAAAGAUUUCGCAAGUUAAGUCGCAGAUGGAAUUAUAGCGGAAAUGGGCGUAGUGCGCAUGCGUGUGACUGUUUCCUUCACCUUUGAAGCGAGUCGACCUCCGCUUCUGGUGACCUUCACGUAACGUUCCAUGUCUGUGUUGUGUUCUCCAGCAGCCUGACCAGUGAGACGGAUUUAUCAAAAUAAUAAACACGAUGAACCGUAGGAGAAGUAGUCUUUUCAAGUCUGUGAAAGAUUUUGAGAACGAUGACGACUCAGUUCGAGAUGGUGGGUCUUCCGCUGCAGCUAAAAAUUUAUGGUUCUUCGAAUGUGCUUGGGAAGUAGCAAAUAAAGUUGGUGGAAUUUAUACAGUAAUCAAGUCAAAAACUCCUGUAACAGUUGAAGAACUUGGAGAACAAUAUUGUUUGUUGGGCCCUUAUAAUGAAGAAUGUGUCCGUACUGAGGUUGAAAUUUUGGAACCUCAAUACUAUGUUUACAGAGAUGUCAUCAAAUCAAUGGAAGAUCAAGGAAUCCGGGUAUAUUUUGGAAGAUGGCUAAUAGAAGGUUAUCCAAAAGUAGUCUUAUUUGAUAUUAGCUCUGCUGCCUGGAAACUGGAUGCUUUCAAACAAGAACUUUGGAAGUUAGCUGGCAUUGGAAUCCCUUGGCAUGAUCGUGAAGCUAACGAUGCUGUUAUAUUUGGUGCCCUUGUUGCAUGGUUUAUUGCUGAAUUUUGCAAAAACUUACCCCAUGUACCAUGCAAACCAAUGGUUAUUGCUCACUUUCAUGAGUGGUUAGCUGGUGUUGGUCUCAUAUUUUGCCGCACACGUUUAGUUGAUUGUACAACUAUUUUCACAACACAUGCAACUUUGUUGGGACGCUACCUUUGUGCUGCUAAAGCUGAUUUUUAUAACAAUUUACAAAAUUUCAAAGUCGACAAAGAAGCUGGUGAUCGUCAAAUUUAUCAUCGCUAUUGUAUGGAAAGAUCUGCUGUACAUUGCGCACAUGUGUUUACCACUGUCUCGGAGAUUACUGGUUUAGAGAGUGAGCACUUACUGAAAAGAAAACCAGAUGUUAUAACACCAAAUGGAUUAAAUGUCAAAAAAUUCAGUGCCAUCCAUGAAUUCCAGAACCUUCAUGCCCGAUUUAAAGAUAAAAUCCAUGAUUUUAUCCGUGGACACUUUUAUGGGCAUUAUGACUUUGAUCUUGACAAAACUUUGUACAUGUUUAUUGCUGGUCGUUAUGAAUUCUCGAAUAAAGGUGCGGACAUGUUUAUUGAGGCUUUGGCACGCCUAAACUAUUACCUCAAGCAACGGAAUAGUGACAUGACUGUCAUAGCUUUCUUGAUUUUUCCAACUCGUACAAAUAAUUACAAUGUGGAAUCGCUACGAGGACAAGCAAUAGCGAAACAGUUACAAGAUACAUCUUCGUACGUCAUUCACCAGGUUGGGCGCAGGCUGCUGGAGACAUGCAUGCGUGGAAAUAUUCCUAAAGGAAGUGAUAUUUUACUUGAAGAAGAUAUUGUCAAAUUAAAAAGGUGUAUCUACAGUGCACAGCGACGAGAAUUACCGCCAGUAUGCACUCAUAAUGUAAUUGAUGAUGCUAAAGACCAAGUACUCAAUGCCAUUCGUCGCUGCAAAUUAUUCAACGAUCGUGAAGACAGGGUGAAGGUAAUAUUUCAUCCUGAAUUUUUGAAUUCUACAAAUCCGCUUUUUGGUUUGGACUAUGAAGACUUUGUCCGAGGCUGUCAUCUUGGUGUCUUUCCAUCUUAUUAUGAACCCUGGGGUUACACACCUGCUGAAUGUACUGUCAUGGGUAUCCCUAGUGUAACAACAAAUCUUUCUGGAUUUGGUUGCUUCAUGCAAGAACAUAUUGUUGAUCCUAAAUCCUAUGGCAUAUAUAUCACAGAUCGGCGUUUCAGAAAUCCAGAAGAAUCGGUGCAACAAUUGACACAAACUUUAUUCGACUUUACUUGUUUAUCGCGUCGUCAAAGAAUUAUUCAGAGAAACCGUACUGAACGCCUUAGUGAAUUGCUAGACUGGAAGAACCUUGGAGUUUAUUAUGUGAAAGCUCGUCGAAUUGCACUUCAUAAAACCCAUCCAGAAAUAUUUGAUGAAGACAGUUUAACCGGUAAGAAGAUCUUAUUUCCACGUCCUCCAUCUGAGCCCCCAUCACCAGCCUCUUCUCGAGCUACAACACCAGUGCCAAGUGAUGGGGAAGAAAAUGAUGAUGGGCAUGAUGAAGAGCAGGAAGAAUUAGAGGCCAGAGUGCUUGGUUUAACAGUUAGCUCAGAUGAUGGGCAAAAUGGGCUGAGUCUAUCCGAAGCAGAUAUUUCUUAACUAUAUCUUUUUCCAAAAGACUAAGAAAUGUCUGAUACUAUUAGAAUUUAAUUAGGACUUAAGAAAUUUUAUCAUGUUUGAAAUUAUAUAUAAGAUAUGUUAGUGAUUUUAGUGAUGUGAAAAUAUUUUAUUCUCCUAUGUUAUGGCACUUUUACUAUUGUUUUUAUUGUAUGCAAUUUCUCCUCUAACCCUCGAUUAACAAAAGCAACAGUUAUUUUUUUAUUGUAUCAACCAAUUUCUAGUUACAGUGGAAAGGAAGAGCAAUUAUUAUAGUUCAAAAAUGAUUAUAUCUCGCUGGAGAUGGUUGCUUAAACUGUUUGCUUCUGUUCAAAACAAUUUUUUUAAAAGAUUUUUGAUGAUUUUAGAAAUUUCAUUCAUGUUUUUUUUCUUCUCCUUGUGGAAUCGUUAAAUCCAACGUUGACCAUUUUGUUGGUAUUGGCUGUGUGAUCCUAGAACAUGUUCUCUGAUUUUUAGAUUCUUUUCUUGUUAUAACAACAGAAUUACCUGGAACAUGACUAAAUUAUCAAAACCAUGUGAAAAAGAUUUUUGAAAUUUAAUUUCCUGAUUGUUAAUAUUAUUUAUUAUACUGAAAAUAAAUUUUUACCCCAUGAACAGUUAACCAGUCCUCAGGUAUGUUGGGCAGUUUAUAGUCCUAUUAUUGCUUGUAGACCAAUCAACUAGUCAACUGACUUUUGUUUUUUUUUUUUCCACUUGAAAUGUUUCUCAAUAUAUGAUUUUUCUCUAUAAGGCAUUGAACUAGCAGAAUCGUUUACACACUGGACAAAAUGCUCAGCAGCAUUUUGUCUAUCUUUACAUUCUCAGUUCAAAUUGCAUCAAGGUCAACUUUGCCUUUCAUCCUUUUGGGGUUGAUAAAAUAAGUACCAGUUGAGCACUGGGGUUGAUGUAAUCAACUUAUCCCUUCUCCUGUUUCUGGCCAUGUGCCAAAAUUUGAAACCAGUGUAUGAUUUAUCUCUAUGUAACGAAUCAUGAAAAAAACAUUUUUAGUGUUGCUGAUUAGACAGAAAAAAUGUUUACUUUACUUGUUAACCUUCUGGUAAAAAAAAAAAACAGUUUGCUCUUGUUAGUUACUGGACAAACUGAACAGAUAUUAAUCUGUCAACUCGAACACUAAAUAGAUCUUCUGUAGUCAACAUCAGUUUGUUGCUAAUUAGAUAGUUGAGUUUCCAUUAUCAAAUAUACUAAAAACAAUCAAUUCUCCAAACAGUGUUCAUCCAACAAUGAACUGUUUUUUGCUUUUUUUCAAGCUUCAGAUAUUUUGAUUUACUUUUUCUUUACAAUAAUUCAAAAUAUUCACUUCUACUGAUUUAAAUGAAUUUAAAGCAUAAAGUGUAUGAAAAUGGCCAAGUAAAUAAUAGAUGAUUUUUUUUUUUUCAAAAUAUACAUUUAAUUUUGUAAAAUACUGCACAAAACAAAAAAAUAAAAAAAAUUCUAUAUCUGAACAUAUUUUUUCAGCCCAGAUAUUUUCAAAUGGACAUUCAUUGUCAUUUAUUCACUGUAUAAUAAGACCUCUCUCUCCCUCUUUCUUUCCCUCCUUUACUCUUUCUUUCCCUCCCUUCUCUCUUUCACUCUCCCUCCCCCCUCUCUCUCUCUCUCUCUCGCACAGGCUUUAUUUACACAAGUAAUUUUGAAGAUUAUUUACUGUAAUAUUCAAUGAUUCUUAAUGAAAAAAAAAACCCAGUUGAGUUCACUCAAAAAGGUAGCAAAAAAUACCCAGAAUUCUUUUCAGUUUUCCUUUGAACUUAUAGAAAGUACUCCCAAUCACAAAUGUCUAUAACUUUUUUUAUGAGGAGGGAACAUUACUGUGCUGAUGGACAUUUUGUAUGAACUUCAAUAUGUUCAAACCUUAAGCAAAGACUUGAAUUUACUGUAUUUGAAUUUACUGGUAUAAAGCUUAUUCAUUUAUUCAAA